CACCCACAAAAACCCAAAAACGAUGACUUGGCUUCACACAAUCCCUCCACUUGGCAGCCUCAAGACGUGUUGCCCCGUCAUGCGGGCAGCCCCAAACCAAACCCCUCAUCCGGGCAGCCCCGAACAAAACCUCGACAAUAUACGGAGUGGCGGGAACGAUCAGAUUGCUUACAGGAAAUUAUGCUCUUGUACUAACUUCGCGGACGGAAGUUGGGACUUAUCUCGGCUUCCCUGUUUAUCGAGUGACCUCGAUGAGGUUUCUGUCCUGCAACGAGGGUAUGAAGAAUUAAACUGCUCAGGAGAAAAAGGAUGAGGCGUACUUCAUGGCUCUGUUGAAAACAGUCCAAUCAACUCCGGGGCUGUACUUCUCGUACGAGACUGAUAUAACACUAAACUUUCAAAGAAGAUGUAAGUUAGUGGAAGGAUGGAUGGCCAAACCAAUAUGGAAGCAGGCUGACCCUCGAUUUGUUUGGAACAGAAAUCUUUUGGACGAACUUAUCGAGUAUAAGCUUCCAGACUGCACAGCAAAAGCUAAAGGGCUUAUCUGCCACACUUACGAUAGUCUCAAGGAGGUGUACCUGGCAUCUAGGACAAGAAUGUGGAGAAGAGGAGCCAACCUUCAUGGAGAUGUUGCUAAUUUUAUUGAAACUGAGCGGUUGGUGGAGAUUGAAGGUUUCCAGUCCUCGUUAUUGCAGAUUCGAGGUUCAAUUCUGCUUCUUUGGGAGCAAAUUGUUGACUUGAGCUAUAAACCACAACUUAGAAUUAUUACUCAUGAGCAGACGGUAAUUUGUUGCCAGAGGUGCAAAUCCAUUCCUUUUUACUCUUUUCUUGGCUUGAUGGUACAGUUCCCUUGUUUGAGUUGUGUUGUGAAUUUUCCCAUCCACUUACAGUCAAAUGUUGUGGAGCGCCAUUUUUUUGAUCUUUUGCAAAGAUAUGUUUCAUUUGACUUUCAUCAUGUAUGUGGUAACUCAAACUUUGAAAACCUAAAGGUUCUAUAUGAGGAGAUCUCAGAGCAAUUUGAAAAGCUAGGGUAAUGAAAGCGUAAUAUCUGAUUGAAUAAGUAUGCCAAAAUCCAGGUAUGCUGGCUAUAUGAAUACUGUUUUUAAUCAAAACUGUUCCAGCUGAGCAGAUACGUCCUCGUAGAUGCGAAAGGCAAUACACCGGAGGAGCAGAAAGGGAUUGUCAGAUCAAACUGCAUUGAUUGCCUUGAUAGAACAAAUGUUACUCAGGUUUCUAAGAAAAUUACCUUAGUGUGUUUGACAUU